AGUGGACAUUUUUUUCGAUGAAUGCUGUGGUGACUUGAGUACAACACAUGAAGAAUUCUAGAAAAGGGCCAUUUUUGAAGUCAGCGGUGAAUCAGAGGUUUUCUGGCCCUCUCGAGUGCCUUCUAUGAAGAAGAGUUCAACUCUGGCUCCAGUUUGUCCCCUACUCUUUUCCCGAAUCCCUCGACAUUUCCCUGCUCUUUUCCCCAGGUACCGCAUGGCCUGUAACAUUUGCUGGGACUCACACACGGCGUCCAAUCUCCUUUCUCCGAGCGAUGACUCCUAGGAACUUCCCAAGGACCAGAGCGACGCAGGCUCCGACACGCGACGGCGGGGGGCGGGGGUGGGGGGGUGCGAUGGACGGGGGAGCGAAAGGGAAAGAGAGAGAGAAGGGACCUGGGUGUAGAGAGGGCCCAGGGCCGCAUGAGCCAAGCCAGGGCGGAGCAGGGGGUUCAUCUCAGCAACCUAAUCGGUGUCGGCCUUUCCCUCCCUUCAACCCUCCAUUGGUGCUGCUGGAACUCGGAAGACUGCUAGACAGACAUCUUCUAGGGCGCUCUCCCUGACUCACUUGGCUGCGCUUUUAAGCACUCUUUUCUGGAUCAACAAGAGUUUGCUAGUAAAAAUCUGAGCCCGCCAUCUCGAUGCUUCUCCUGUCUCUAAAACUGGUGCCCGGGCUGAGGCCCAGGUGGCAGACGUUUUCCAGUCUACGCUGCGCGGGGCUAAGCCUCUGGGAGGCAGAGCGCACUAAAGCGUGCGCCGCCUCGGGGAGAGCUGAGCUCAGGACAGCAUCCUUUCCGUGCGCGCUCGCCGCUGCGCACCCAGCAGCGCUGUCUGGCUCCGCUUCUUGGGUCGCGUCCUCACGUUUAACGCUGGCCUUAAGAGUGGGACUGUGAAGGUGGCUGGGCGCUGGAAUUUAAGUUUUAAAAGUUCUUGACACCUACUAGAAAGCGCUAGAGGACCCUUCAGCCCCUAAGGCGCCGGUAGUCACCAAGAGUAGGCGCUUUUCCUGAAAUUGAUAUGGGCAAUUUGAAAAGUAGGGUUUUUGAGAACAAGCCACAUCAGAUCUUUCACCAUUUAUUUCAACCUCUUAUCGUUCCUGCCCCUAAGGUUCUGGUCACGGUUGAACAUUUAAUGCUUCCACAUGGAAGUGCUGUCGAAGACUGAGACUGCACCCACCAUCCAAAACAUCCCAUAAGUAAGCACAGUUUCUUACUAGCCAAGGGGAAGGGAAAGCACUAGUUGAAAGUGGCCACACGAAAUGCGCAAAGAUGUUCAGAAUGCACGGGUCAUAUGCAAGGACUCUAAAUCCUUACAGUGGCUGCUGGUUUCAGAAGGUGUUUCUCCCAAAUAGAAAGGAUUGGUCACGGAAAUGCCCUGUAGGAGAAAGACACUGGUAUCCAUUUCUUAAAGGACAUUCACACUUAUGAAGUGUUUAGGGCAAAGCAAAAAGGAGGAAGUUUCUUUCAGGAAAAUCUUCAUCUUACAACUUGUAGGGCUGGUGCUAACUUACGACUUCACUAACUGUGACUUUGAGAAGAUUAAAGCAGCCUAUCUCAGUACUAUUUCUAAAGACCUGAUUACAUAUAUGAGUGGGACCAAAAGUACCGAGUUCAACAACACCGUCUCCUGUAGCAAUCGGCCACACUGCCUUAUUGAAAUCCAGAGCCUAACCUUCAAUCGCACCGCCGGCUGCGUGUCACUCGCCAAAGAAAUGUUCGCCAUGAAAACUAAGGCUGCCUUAGCUCUCUGGUGCCCAGGCUAUUCGGAAACUCAGAUAAAUGCUACUCAGGCAAUGAAGAAGAGGAGAAAAAGGAAAGUCACAACCAAUAAAUGUCUGGAACAAGUGUCACAAUUACUAGGAUUGUGGCGUCGCUUCAGUCGACGUUUACUGAAACAACAGUAAACCAUCUUUAUUAUGGUCAUAUUUCACAGCACCAAAAUAAAUCAUCUUUAUUAAGUAGAUGAAACAUUAACUCUAACUGUGACAAAGAAGACCACAAAUAGUUAUCUUUUAAUUACAGAAGAGUUUCUUAACUUAUUUUUUUAAGUUUUUAUUGUGUAAGUUUAUAAUGCAGGGGAAGUACUACUCCUCAAAUGUUGAGGGAAGCUUCCAUAACAUUGAUGACUGGCUUCAUGGCAGUAAUUCUCGGCUGUAAUUGCAUAAGCAUUGCUCAAGAGGAAAAUCCAAAAGUGCAGCAGGAGAACUCUUUUCCCUGAAAAAGGAAAAAUAUUGAACUCAAUGAUAGCACCAAAACUUACAUUUAAAAGACAGACAUUCCUUCUACAUGUAAUGACACUUCUUGUGUUAAAAUAAAAAUUUACAAGAGAAGAAAGUGAAAGCAAAUGGGGUUUCAUAAAUAGUUGUAAAUAUAGUGAAACAAUUUGAAAUAAUUUUCAAGCAAAAUAUUGUGAAAGUAUUCUAAGCCAAGUUUUAAAUAUUAUCUAACAGAUGACAGUGGUAUAUACAAGUAGAUCCUGAGAAGUACUUUUGUUACAGCUACUAUAAAUAUACAUAUAAAUUAUAGAAUGUACUUUAUUUUGUGAACACUUUUCAAAAGGUACAUUCCUUUGUAAUUGACACUAUAUAUUUCUUAAUAAAACAGUUCUCAAAUUUGUUUCUUAUGAAUCAUCUUUCAAAUCUAGUUAGACAAUUUGCACACAUACUUUUCUAAGGAACAUUAUCUUUCUUCAGGUUUUUACCUCCACUCAUCCUUAGAGCCCACUGACUGCUCCGCUUUAUACCUGUUGGCCCUGCCUAUAGGAGAAAAUAUUUGGAGAUAGGCAGCUUCAGGAUGCAUUGCAAUCAUUCUUUUCUUAAAUUAUGUCACGAGUCUUUUCUUUAUUCCCCUCUUGAACUUUCCUCACACCUGGAAGAAACAAAGUAGGCAAAAGUGAACUGGGGAUGUCAAAUCGAUUCUUGAAUUCCUGCUGCAAGCUAGAGCCACAGGCACCCUCUCACUCAACUUCCACUCAGAACCCUCUAAACGCCAGUGGGAAGGGCAACCCACUGCAUGUGGGAAUGCACUGAUUUUUCCUAGGAGUAGACAUGUUCCUCUAAUUACUCCCUGAGGGUUAGUUGGGGCUAAACCAUGACAGAAGUGGGGAAGUUCAAUGUCCUUAAAUCCAUCUUACCUGCCAACAGGUAAGAGGAAGCUUACAUUAUAUGUCCAGUCUACAUUUAAAGAGCACUUACUGUGGAACAAGCCUUCAGCCAAACACUGGAGAUAGAAAAGUAGGUAAGACUCAGCCUUUGUCCAGAGAAGCUCAGGGUGUAGCUGAAUAGGCAGUUUGUUUUGUUCUGAGGAAAAUCAGGACAUGCCUGCUUUCUAAAAAUCUUUCUCUGAAGACCUGACCCAAGCCCUUAAAUGCCAUUGUAAGAGAAAUUUCUUUAAGUCUAUUAACUCCAUUUGAGUAGGGAUUCACUGACUAGAUUUUACUGAACUAUGAAAAUAAAUACACAUAAUUUUUCACAAAAUUUUGGGCCCAAUUCCCCUAAAAGAAUUGAGGAUUAGGGAGAAAGGAGACAACUCAAAGUCAUCCCAUUAAGUGCAGUUCCUUUGAAUCUUCUGCUUUAUCUUUAAAAAUUUGUGUAUAUCUUUUAUUCUAUUUAUUCCAUAGAUGUCUUAAUAUAAAAUUAGUCAAUUCAAUUACACCGUCAAUUAAAAGUAAUGGGCAAGAGGACGCAUCAUACUAAUUUAGUAAGAACGUUCCUAAAUGUUGUAACAAUGUGGAUCAUACAUCUCUGGUUUUUUAAAUGUAUUGAGGCUUUCUUGGUGGACUAGUAUAAUAUACGGUCAGUUAUGUCAAUGCUUCAUGAUCAAUAAAAAGGAAGUUGCAAAUUGU